CUUACUUUGUAGACAUUAGAAUUUGACUGAACUCUAUGUUCUGUUGGCUCAUCUAAAUUGUUAUAUGUUUACCUAAAUUGUGAAUUUUGAGUCCGUGUCAGUUUUAAAUAUAGUCUAACACCUAAAUAUUUUGUCACCGUUUAUGACUCCCAUUUCAUUACUGGUUGUAAAAUAAUAUUUUAUCUAAUUGUUUAACUUAGCUGAAACACAUUUUUACUUAUAAUUAACUUGAAUUUUGACAAUUUUACGUUUGAUUUGUAGUUUUAAAUCUGCAUUUAUUACAUUGUACUUUCAUAAUACUCAUAAAAACCUUAAAUGAUGAGAUUAGGAGAUAGAAAUCGUGACAGGAGUCGCAGUCCGCUUAGAUCAAGAAAAGGAGGAUGUAAAAAAGUAUUUGUUUCCAACAUACCUUAUGAAUAUAAAUGGAAAGAACUUAAAGAGCUAUUCAAGAAAGAAGUUGGUGAUGUUGCUUAUGUUGUUGUCUAUACGGAUGAAAAAGAUAAAUCUCGAGGUUGUGGUACUGUGGAAUUUGAUAGAGCAGAAUCUGCACAACGGGCAAUUGAUAAAAUGCAUCGAUUUGACAUAAAUGGAAGAAAAUUAGUUGUUAAGGAGGAUGAUAUUGAACGAGAUAAAAGUGGCAGACCAAUUGGCAAUGGACCUCGAAGUGGUGCUGGAGUUAUGAGUGUAGGUGGUGGAAGUGGUAAUGACAAUAGAGUUAACAGAUUACCAUUAAGAAAUGAUUAUCAAUGGGAAAACACCUAUGGGUUGUCACCUCAGUUUUUAGAAUCGCUCAAUAUUAGAGGACCAUUGAUUAAUCGCAUAUUUGUUGCUAAUCUUGAUUUUAAAGUUGAUGAAAAGAAACUAAAAGAAAUAUUUAAACUUGCUGGAAGGGUGAUUGAAGUUGAAAUUUUUUCUGAUAAAGAGGGAAACAGCAAAGGAUAUGGAAUAGUUGAAUAUAAUCAUCCAGUUGAAGCUGUUCAAGCAAUUUCCAUGUUUAACAAUCAAUUUUUGUAUGACCGUCCAAUGUCCAUACGACUUGAUUGUAUUGAUAAAGAUCCAUUGGCUAGACUUCCAGAAGGCUUAAAGUCAAUAGGAAUGGGAUUGGGUGCUGGAGGUGCACCUCUGUUAGAUGUUGAAAGAAAUCUUCCAUCAAAUAGCUCUUCUUCUGUUCAAUCUCAAUCUUUAAAUCCUCCAGUAAAUACAUCUGCACUGGCAAUGCUUAGUGGUUUAAGUGCAGAUCGCUUGGGAAUUGAAACUCAAAGUCGCCGUUCUUUUGGUGGUGUAAAUGGCCUUGGAUCAUUAAGUGCUACUGACUUAGGUAUUGGAACUGGAAGCUUGGGAACACCUUUUGGUUCUGCUCUUAACUCUAGUGGAACUGGGACCUUAGGCAGUACUUCAUUACAUCAAACUGCAUUAGGAGGUCGAGAUUAUGAUUCUUUAUCUGUGUCACUUGGUGUUCGAGGAUCUGGCAGUGGUGGAGCAUAUGGUGGAGAUUUUAGAUCUGCAUUAGGAAGUGGUGAUAUGGGUCCAAAGAAGUCUGAUACUAUAAUGGUAAAGAACUUGCCACCUAACACUACAUGGCAAAACUUGAAGGAUUAUUUCCGCGAUUGUGGUGAUAUUAAAUUUGCUGAAGUUGGUAGCAAAGGAUUUGGUAUAAUCAGGUUCGCAUCAGAAUGGGAUGCUGAAAGAGCUAUAACUCUGAAACAUUUAUCAAGAUUUGACGGCUAUACUAUUGAAGUAAUUUAUUUCUAACUUCAAGUGUAAGUAAUCUUAUGUAUUUUUUAAUAAACUGAUCACCAUUUUUAUGGUGUAUAAUAUGUAUGUAAAUUUGGUUUAUUCAAUAUUUAUUGUAACAUAAUUAUUGUCUUUUCAUCAAUAAUUAAAGUUAGGUGUAAUGUACUCUACUACAGCUUUAUGACUGUGUUGGUGUCUUAGACCUCAUUACUAUAAUUAUAUGUAUAACUUUGCUUGGAUAUAAAAAGACAUUUGUCAUUUUGUUCUUGGUCUAAUUUUUUAUAAUUUUGAUUUUAUUGUUUUUGCAAGUCAUUAUAUUUUCUCAUCCAGCUUCAAAUUUGAGUUAAAAUUGAAUUAGUUUGUAAAAAUAUACCUUUUUUCAUAGUGUACUCUUUGGUGUGUGAGAAUAAAUUACAUGAUCAGAAAUUUUA